AUAUACCAUUGCGCGUCGUUUUCAAAAGAAGGAGAAAGACUCGACUUGUUGGACCGCAGUUAUGGAAAAGACACCAUUGAGUAGGAUUGGGUGAAAGAAAUGAUUAAGUCACCAGUUCAUGUACAUGUGGACGACGAAACAACUGUACAUGUUCAUGUUACUAACCCAAUAAAAAUGGGAUAUAGGUCCGGUUCAAGACUUUCUGUGAAGGACUCGGAUCACCAGUCCAAACGUGUUCGCUCCAGAUCUUCUACGAGUGUUACGACCCUUCGUAGUCAGGGAGAUCAAGCUCCUCAGCAGAGCAGACCAACAAAAGAAACUUCAGCUAGCCCCAGACCCCCUGCUCCAUGGGUGCCUCCACCAGGAAAGACAUCUCAGGGCAUUAGUAAAUAUUCAUGGAAGAAUUCUUCUCAAAAGCCGGAGCUGGUACAGCAUGAUGCAACCCCUUCGCACUCAUCCAUGCAUCUCAGCGACCUGUCUGAUGCUGCCGCAGAUGAUCUACGAAUGGAGGUAGAUGAUCUUACCGAUAAAAGUAAGCCCGAUCGCAGAGGUAGGCUACAACAAAGAGCCAGGAGCUUCAAUGACACACAACCUUACAGAACUCAGGAGGGAAGAGUAAAUGGUGGGGAGAAUGUUAAAGAUUCCCUCACAGCUUCCCAAACUGCGGUAAAGGAGUGCAAGAGUGCUGUGUUCACUAUUCAGCGUGAGCUAACAGAAACACAGCGCCACCUAGAAGUGACAGAAUCGGAAAAUGAGCGCUUGAGGUUGUCCAUCGGGAAACUACGUGAAGAUGCUGAACUUAUUAAAGUGACCAGUGAGCCAGGAGACAUUAAGGAAUCUCUGAUGAUGAAGCUGGAACUAGUCGAGAGGGAUAGUCAGGAUGUUGAAGUUGAGAUUUCUAGACUGAAACAUCUACUAAAGAAAUUCAUUCAGGACAAGGAGCUUGGUUCCAACGAUAACCUACAAUUUCUCAGACAGAAAGAUGCCCUGCUUCAGAAAAUCACAGACUACAACACCACUAAUCGUGUGCUGCGCCGUUUAGUGUCUGAAUAUGAACAAGACGUAAAAAUGACAGAACACUUGCAAAAACAGCGGCAGUUUCUUUCUAAAAGAGUGACUGAUUGUGAGACUGAGAAACAGAGACUCUACGACCAGUUAGCAGAGAGGGACGCUCAGGUUGUGAAGCUCACUGCCCACAUUGAGGGCUCCAAGGACGAACGUGAGCGGAUGUAUCGUCGCAACGAUGACCUGGAAAAGAUGCGGGCCCACCUGCAGAAACACUUGCGCAACAAGGAGGCAGACUUCGAUCGACUAACCUGCACAUUUAAUAAUCUAGAGAAAUCGUACAUAGACCUCAAAGAGGAAAAGUUGCAGAUAGCUAAUACGAUUGAAACGGCAAAGCUAAAGGCCAUCAAUGAGAAGGAAGCUCUAAAGAAGGCUACAAGAAAUCAGAGAGAGAAGGCCAAUCGCAGUGAGUCAGAGUCAGGAAGGUUGAGUGAAGAACUUGCUAGGAAAGACAGAGAACUAGCCGAUGCAGAAGCACGAACUGCAGAACUCAAUGCAAGAACGGGCACUCUAGAAAGUGAAAAGGCUCAACUAACAUUCGACCUUGCUGAUCUCAAACAGAGGAUAUCCGAGCUGGAGACAUCAAGCAAUGGUCGUGAGUCACAAUCACAGGCACAGGUGGAAGACCUAGCAGCUCAGCUAAACAUCGCGAAGAGUGAUGUAACCAAACUUGGGCUAGAGAAUGAAAGGUUAAAGAUCAGCCUAGAAACACUUGAGGAAAAGAAAGUGACGUUAGAAAGAGAUAUAUCUGACUUAAGAACUAACCUGGUGAAAAAGGAGAAUCUGCUGGAAGACUACAAAGUUAAGUUAAAGGAUAACUCAAGGAAACCAGAAUUGACAGCUAAUGAGCAUACAGAACCGUUGCUGACAUCCACCAGGAGGGAUGCAGAUGAUAAGACCCUGCAGCUAAGCUUCCAGAGUCAGGAAGCCGGUCGCAUGCAGUUGCAGGGAGAGAUAGAACUAGGAAGAGUGCACACUGAGGUGAGAUCUCGACUUGAAGAACUAGAACCUCUGGCAGAGGCUUUGCGUGUUGCACAGGUGCAGCUACAGGAAAGCAAGAAUACUAAUGCAGACCUAAAGAAACAUGAGCAAGAGCAGAAUAUGGUCAUUAGGGACCUGCAACUGAAGUUGGAAUUAUCUUCACAAAAUCUUGAACAAACCAAAGGCAUGUUGAAGUCCACGGAGGAACAUUCACGUCCGCAAAUGUCUCGAGUAGAAAGCCUCGAGGCCAAGCUAGACAAGCUAGACACCGAAUAUCGAGAUCUGAAGAGAGAGUUUGCUGAAAAGAGCAAUGCUGUGCAGAAUUUGACUGUAACAUUGGAGGCAAGGAGUCGUGACAACUUCUGUCUGACACAGCAGCUAGAAGCAGCUAUGUCUGAUGCACGAACUGCUGGUGAAAAAGCUCGAGCAGAAAAUGCCACCAGGGAGAAAAACUUGCAGAAGAGGAUCCUGAAUCUUGAGAAAGAACUUAGCUCAGUGAGAGCUGAAAAACUGUCCCUGCGUAGCAACACGGAAAAGGUCGAGCGAAGAAUGAAGACGCAGGUAACAGAGUUAAGCGGGAAGCUGGACACGGCAACCAGCAAGAAUCGCACCCUCGAGAAUUACGUGAGUUUUCUGAAGGUGUCAUAUGCUAGCAUGUUCAAGGACCCAGCUGUAGCAACGAGCACCCCAGUAAAGGGGCUGAUUCUCACCAGAUCACCACUACGGAGGACUGCUCACCUGCUGUGAUUCGGAUGUUGCGUUUUUACUCUAGACUCGAUGAUUCAUGUUCAGAUACAACACAUCAGUUGUAAGCAGCUGUUAUUGUCUGCAGUUUCAUUAAUCAGCUUUAAUUGAUAUGCUUGCAAAGCAAACAAUAUCCUGAUUACGUUCAAUUUGCAUUAAUAUUUUUCAAGCAAAUAUCUUGUGUAUACAGUAUAUAUAUAUAGAUAUGUGGUCUGAACAUUAAAUGGAAAAUACGCAUACAAAUCUUCAUACGUUAAUAAAUUAAUGAUGACUGUACGAUAUCUAUUGACAUCAGCAUUUAUUGAUCACCAUAUUUCAACAAAAAGGGAGCCACGGUGACAAUAUAUAUCUUUAGAGUGAAAAGUUUAGAAGUUCCACAUUUUAACGUACUCGCAAAGGGUAAAAAUAUUAUAUACUUUUCUCAGCAUAGUAAAGGAUCCAGUUACACAUAUUUUUGCCAGUACUAAAAUAUUUUUUAUAGUGCUAUAUCGAAACGAUAAUGCUAAGUGCAUUUUACUUGGUAUGUUGAGCUGUAUGGGUAGCUACAUAUAUAUGGUGAUCUAAUAGGCAUAAGGGCAUAAGUUGACUUAAAAAAAUCAAAAUUCAUUUCUAUAUACAAAUGAUAUGAAAGUUGCCAAAUUCAAAGUUACUUUUAAAAUUCAAUAGAUAUUUUGAAAGGUUGAAGUACAGGUAAUAUUUGAUUGAUUGUAUUUUAUACAUUCACUUUAUCUAUUUGUUAUUGCCGGCCCCAUAGUUGUUACCUCCGCCCAACGGAGUUGGAGGAGGUUAUGUUUUCACUCUCGUGUGCGUGUGUUCGUGUGUUAGUGUGUUUGUGUGUUCGCGCGAUCGAUAUUAGCGCGUCAGCCAGCGAGCCAGCCAGCGUGUACAUGUGAGCGAGCAGCUGCUACGAGUGAGCGAGCAGCUGCUACGAGUGAGCGAGCAGCAAGCCAGCAAGCCAGCGUGUACAUGUCAGUACGCUGGCAUAUAUCGUGGCUUAUUCAUGUGUUCGUGAGUCGUAUGGCAUAUGUCGCUGGCAGAGGUAUGCACUCUCCGUGAGUGCACUCUGUCUAGUUAGCUGUGCAGUCAUUGUUGUCACAAUCAUAGUUUUAUGUUGCUUGCCAACUAGCUGUUUUAUAGCCAACUAGCUAGGGAAUAUAGGCAGAAACAGCUUUGUGUGAUUGUGCUACAAGAUUAUGCAGUGUUAAUAUCACCUUUUAAUGAUUACACUUACAGGUAUUACUAUCUUGUAUGUAAAAUAAAUGAAGAGAAAGGCAAUACAGAUGAAGGCCUUUCAUGUGAAUUCUCUAUAUAUUCCAUCCGAUUUUCGCAUAUUCUGGUAAACGUAUACUGCGUCUUUAUGCUGGUAUAAUAUUGGGGAAAUGUUCCGUUAAUAACCAUUUUUUAGAACAGUAUUCUCUGUGGAAGUAUUAGGCAUUGUUUAUACAGUACUACGUAUAUCUGUGUCAAGUGUACUUGCAAUCUUGCAAUCUCGUGUUUUACUUGUACGUCUAUUUAUAAUGUUGAGUUUGUAAUCUUGUGAUUGGUAUGUAAUGUAUGUAAUGUAUGUAUUAGUAUGUGAUUAGUCCACGAGCAUGCGCAGUAGCUUGCGCGUUCAUGAUUUGGAUUAUAAUAAAUCUGCGUUAACUAAAA